AUGGACUUCGAAUCGGAAGAAUACGAAACGGUAUUGUAUGUAGCACGAGAAUGUUACGUAUACAAAAUUCCACCAAGAAGUUCAACGGCCGGUUAUAGAGCGGCAGAAUGGGGAGAUAUGGAAGCAUUUUUAUGGAAAGGUAGAUUACGUAUAAUUGAACAUGGCCAAAAGUGUUCAAUAAGGCUGGAAGAUGGAAAUUCAGGAGAACUUUUCGCUCUUUGUCCUUAUGAUAUUUCCGGUCAAUCUGUUGAAUCCGUUUUGGAUUCUUCACGUUAUUUUGUACUUAGAGUUGAAAGUGAAGACGCUCAAGCAUCUUCUGAUACAACCAAGAAAAAGAGAGCGUUUAUCGGAAUGGGCUUUCAAGAUAGAAGUGAAUCGUUUGAUUUUAAUGUUGCUUUACAAGAUUGGACAAAACGUGCAAAAGCAGCCAAAGAAGCAAAAGACAAACCACAAUCUUCAUCUUCAGCCGAAGGAGAUCUUGUCGGCACAACAAACGAACCAUCACCACAUAUACCUGCAGGACCAAAGCAAGAUUAUAGCUUAAAGGAAGGUCAGACAUUCAGCAUCCAGAUUCCGGGUUCUCAUGCUGGCAGAAAGAUUCGCGAUCAGACAAAUUCAGGAUCUUCUGGGUUGUCAGGCUUUGGAGGCGGUUCACUUCUUCCGCCUCCUCCUAGCAAGAGAAAUUGA